GUGAGGAGAAAAGCACAGCUCGGGUUGUGUAGUAGGAGGAGUGAGGAGUACAACCGUAAGAGUGUAUGUUGCUUUUCCCUCUUAGAGGCUGAACCGUUCGAGCAGGAGGGGAGGAGGCUGUGUGUGAGUGACAGAUCGCACCCCACAGGUGGAGGCAGGACUGAGGAAGAAGAUAGAGAGAAAGAGAGAUAGAGAAGGGAAAGGAGAAGGAGUGCAGGAGCAGGCAGUCGAGAGAAAGCUUGUGUGAGAGCCAGCUGACCCACAAUGAGCCACUGCAGGAAAAGGUGCAAGAGGCAGCUGACCAAAGUGGCCCGCUUCUUUUACAGGUUUCUCACAGGGACCCUGACCCAAGACAGCAUCGAGGAUGAUUUCGAACUCUCCACCGUGUGCCAUCGGCCUGAGGGUCUGGAGAAACUGCAGGAGCAAACCAAGUUCACCAAGAAAGAGCUGCAAGUGCUUUACAGGGGCUUUAAAAAUGAAUGUCCUAGUGGCGUUGUGAACGAGGACACCUUUAAGGUUAUCUACUCCCAGUUCUUCCCACAAGGAGAUUCAAGUACGUAUGCACAUUUCCUUUUCGAGGCAUUCGACACUAACAAGAACGGAUCGGUCAGUUUUGAAGACUUUGUCAUUGGCCUGUCCAUCAUCCUCAGGGGGACAAUAAUCGAUCGGCUCAACUGGGCAUUCAACCUUUACGAUCUCAACAAAGAUGGGUGUAUCACCAAAGAGGAAAUGUUAGACAUCAUGAAGUCAAUCUAUGACAUGAUGGGGAAGUAUACAUAUCCCUGCAUGCAAGAGGAUGCUCCCAGAGAGCAUGUGGAGAACUUCUUUCAGAAAAUGGACCGUAACAAUGAUGGCGUUGUCACGAUCGAUGAAUUCAUUGAGUCAUGCCAAAAGGAUGAAAAUAUCAUGCAGUCCAUGCAGCUAUUUGACAACGUCAUUUAGGGCCAAGCCCAACUGAAGGGGAGCGAGAAAGAGACAGAGAGAAGUGACCAAGGUACUCAAACUGGUCAACCAGAAGCUACUUCCUCCUCUAUAUCCCCUCUUCUUCACCCAGCCAGAGGACCACCAUCAUUCUGUUUCUUUCUUUCUCCCAGAGACAUAGUGGAAGAUGAUGCAUCAGGUGCAGGGGCUGGCUUCUAGAUCCACUUCGAUAACUUGUUUUUCCUUACAUCCUUGAAAACAUUUAACAUAGUACUGUAGCUGGACUCAGGAUGAAGCCAGCGUGAUACGUUUCACAUGUAUCUUGGAGGAACAUGAAGUGACAAUAGAAGCGAAAGUAACUGGCCAACAUCUAGCUAAGUUAUGGCCAAUGAUGGUCGUGUUUUUUUUUUUUUUUUCUUCAAAUAAGUGACAGUUUUCUUACAGCAUGAUGUCAAAAUAACCUACACUAUGUACCAUACAUAUUUACCCAGCUAGUCCAAAGCUUGUCUGUUGUCAAAUGGCCUCGCUCAGUCCGAACGCCGUCGUGUGCGCCAUUACAAGUUCCUCCAUUUCAGCAGCCAAUAGAAUUAGAAACAGUCUAGGCCUGUACGUUCCAGACGAGUCUGUAGAAAAAGUGACUCCUUGGCCUCGAAGUCCUAAGCACUUAACAGUUCGGACUGUUUUUUUCAUCCUAAGUAGAAGAUUUCACAGAUAAUAAAAGAAAUAAAUGGGAGAGUCGAGCUAUGCUGCGUUAAUGCUAGCCUGUUAAUGUUCACACUGUGAAUGCACAUAAAAUAUGAAUCCCGAAAUUUAUUACUGCUGAGAGAAUCCACUAAUGAUAAAUUCCAUGAGUUUUUUUUUUCAUCCUUUUCCAUUUUCCACAGAUUUAGGCAGAACUAAAGUGCUCAAUGGCAGCUCUGUAGGGUGUUGGGACCAGUAAGCUUGUCCAUGCACAGUGUCCCUCAAACACCAAAGACACUCACCAUGACCCAAAAUAAAAAAGAUAUUUACCUGAAAAUAUAAAGUAUGAAUAAAUACUUAAAGUGGAGUAUAGCUAAAGAGGUGUGUGGCUAUGGUAUGAAGUAGUGGCUAUUUUUGCUAAAUGGAAAAAUUCAAGGUCAAGAAUUUAGAAAAACUAUGUUCAUAUAAUUUAUCAUCACAAUUGUAGGUAGGUUUGUAAGUUUGAUAAAUUGAAUUCAAGCUUAAGAAUCAGACUAUUUGCAUGUUCGGGGAAGUUAAGAACUAAUACAAUACCUUGCAUAUGUACUCAUCUGUAUUGUAGAAUUGUUACAACCUGAAAUGGAAAUGAAAUGAAUUGGGAUUUUUUUAUCGUAUGAUUUACACAUCAACUGUAUGAAUGUGCAAACUAUACAUGCUUUAUUGCGGGUUAAUUAAACUUCAAUAAUAAUUUAUUGGUUGCAAAAGUAUUCACCCCCACUGAGUCACUAUUUGGCAGAACCACUACCAAGUAACACUACCACUUUCUGAAGUUACAGGUGUAGGAUUUUUGGGAUUUGCCUCGAUCAGCUUUGCACAUCUGGAUUUGAAGGUCAGUCAGAAUGAACGGAGACCAAUGGUGAACAGGAAUUUUCAAGUCUUGCCAAAAAUCUAAGCGUUGACUGGGAUAAUCGAUCAUGUCCAUGCUUGAAUCACUCAAGUAUAAUUUGGAAGUAUGUGUUUGAAAGAUAAUGGAAGCCACCAUACUGAGUCUUAAGCCUGGAACUGGACACAGAUUUUCUUUUUAGGAUUGCUUUAUAUUUGGUUCCAAUCUUUGUAAACCCUGUGGAAAAAAAACAUUCCCAAAAACAUCAUACUAAGACCACACUUCUUGCUUUUCCAUCACGAUGCUACCAAAGCCAUCAUGGUUGGUGUUCUCACGCCAGAAACGUUAGAGCCGAGAACCUUUUUGCCUUGGUUGACCUUCUUACCUUGGUUGAACUUCUUACCUGGUCAGCCACUUUUAGUACACCUUCCACCAAAUUUUAAUAACACGUUCUCUCAAGAAUGAGCGUUUGAAUGCUUGUAGGAUUUCAGUGGAAUUGAUGCUGUAACAAAACUCUCUUUCUUUCUGGUUAGACAAAAUCUGGAGUUUUCUAGUAACAGUUGUAUUUCUGUUCUCUCUUGUCAAAGUUUAAUUGCACAAAGACGCACUCCAUUCACCUAAUUAUGUUUAAUUACAUUCUGACGGAAACUGUUUGCAAAUGAGGCAAAUUUAAAUGGGGUGUAAAUACAUAUGCAAGGCACUGUACAUUGAAUUGCACAUGAAACUUCAGUGAUUCAGUCCAGGAUUAUUAAUAAAAAUAAAUAAACAAGUCACUUUAUUAGGAAAUUAGAAUAGGAGCAAUUUUUCGUGAGGUGUGGACUUUAAUUAUGCAUGCAAGCUAUUUUUUUUUCAACAAUUCAGCCAUUUUAAUAGAUAUCACACUUACAAACUUACACUUCCAUGCUUGUUCCAUCUUUAAGCAAUGAAGUCUGAAGGGUGGAGGGUCAAGUGAUGCGUGAUGUUUACAUUUACAAAUGAUUAUUUCUAAUCAACUAGAUUCAGUGAUGAGAGGAGUCGGUAUGCAGGAACACAAUAUACUUAAAUAUUUAAGCAAUAACUUUGAUUCCUAUCGGCCAGUAUUGCCACUUCACCAUCUCGACUUAGCUUCUAUCUACCAUCCAUGUCGAGUGGUGAUUGUUUACUAUUCAAAGCUCCAAUCAGCACAAUGUAUCUAAAGGUUUAUGCAAACAUUCUCUUCUGAAUGCCACAAAGGAUUGUGCACUGCAAAAAAAAAGUUUCGUGUCCUCAUUAGAAUGUUUUUUCCCCCUCUUUUAAGGUCAGAUGUUACAACGAAUUGUGUUAUUUUCUGCACCCUUUUUUUGUUGACUUACAAGGACAGAUGGAAUGCAUGUGAGUAUAUGCACCACAUCUCGAAUACGGCAUCUCGGUUAAGGGUUGAAUUAAAACUGUUUCGCCUUAUUAAAGGUAUUUUACCAACAUCAAUCUUAACUGUGUGGACGUCCUUGU